AGGCUUGGUGUAAACCAUCAAAGAUUUCACAGAUGAAGGUCAUGGAGGUAUUAUUUCACAGUGGGAUCUUCUGUGAGCUCACACGUGAACAGAAAAAAAAUAUUUUUCUCCUUAAGUCGUGGGGUCACUUCAUAAGCAGCCUAGUGAAUCACAAGGCUCCAGUGGAAUGCAGCUUUAGGCCAGGUUUAUGCUGGUUUAUAAUGAACCUCUUGUUUUUCUACUCUGUGUUUUCUGCUGAGAAAGCUCUGCAAGGGUUUUAUUUCCUUUACUUCUGCCUUCUGACCCAGAAAGGAAGCAGCAACCACAGCUGCUGUCUAUGUGGAAAUGUUUUUUAUACUGCAUGAUAUUGUGGUAUGAACAUGUGAUGUGACAGAGGUCGUUUUCACAUUUAUGGAGGUGUAAUUUUGCUUGUACAGUUAUUUCCUCAAUAUCUAGACAUUACUUUAUGCUUCCAAGAGAAAAUGGACAGAUUUUAAAAAGUAAGCUUCCUCUAAACUAUGGACACAUUGGCUCUGUGCUGCAUUGUUUUAUUGAAGAAAUACAGUCAUUGCAAGAUGAGAGGGAGUCCUGUGACUGGAUGUUGAAGUGGCUGUGUUUACCUUGAAAAACACCUGCCUUGAGGACAUGAGAAAUAAUGAGAGAAGUGAAGUUACGGGUGUGCAGAGUUCACCCUCCAUCAUGUCCUCAUCAGCUUCCCUGUCACUGUGAGAGCUGGAGGCAAGUUUUCAGCUACCAUGGAGCAUUGGUGCUGUGUUUCCAGGAGGCGGCACUGCUGAGAGGUGACAGGUCGGCGCUGGGUGUGUGUCUGCACUGAAGCCACCAUGGACGACUUCACUACCAGGACGUACGGCACCAGCGGGGGCCUGGACAACAGACCUCUGUUCGGGGAAACCUCGGCACGGGAUCGAAUUAUAAACCUUGCAGUGGGGGGAUUUACAUCCCUGGUUGUCCUAGUGACUGUAAUCAGCUCAUUUGUUUUCCCCUCAUUGCCUCCACGACCGCUAAAUGUCUUUUUUGCUGUGUGCAUCCUGUUAGCCUGUGGAUCCACCAUAGUGCUGAUAUUCUGGUACCGGCAGGGUGACCUGGAGCCUAAAUUCAGGAAACUCAUCUACUACAUGCUGGCAUGCAUCGUGCUGCUGUGUCUAUGUGCCAACCUCUACUUCCACGAUGUCACGUAAAGGCAGCGACGAGGAAGACAAGGAAGAAGAAGGGACGACAUGGCCUUGACAGGUGGAAACAGGCGGGGAAGAUCUAAACGGUGAUGGAAAACAUGACUGUGACCAAAAGACAAACCUCAACACACAAACUUGAAUGACUUUCCCACGUGACCUGCAGUGGUUCUUGGACCAAAACCAGUGAGACUGAAUGGUUCCAGUGGGAUGAAAACUGUCAGUUCUUAGUGCUGAAUCAAACACACACAACAGCGUAGACUUCUUGAUGCACCGUAAGAGGCCAUAAAUCCACCUGAAGACAGACUUUAAGACAAAAAGGUGUGUUUACAAGCACAUAAACCUCAUUAUUGGUGUCACUUAUGAUAUAUGAUGAAGUCAGAAUUGAAGGAAAAAAUCCACCCUGACAUACUCUGAUGAUGUCUUCUCAUUUUUUAUGCAUUUGGUCAUGUACUUUUAUUUUUGUGUUUAUUUGGCUCUCAUGUUUCCAACUACAAGCCAAAGAAAGGAGGUUAAUUAUCACUCAGUGUCAGACUCAAAGCCAUGUGAAAUAAAUACAUUAAUGGUGCCAGGUAGUUAGAAAGUUACUGCAUUUAAAGCCCUGUCUGUGUCAACAUUUUUUUUUUAAAGCUGCUAUAAUUGAUAAUUAAUCAAAAUAACAUAAAAACAAAGUGUGAAAAAGGUCAGUCAUGAACCAACAAACAAUUAUGAUUCAACCCAAAACAAAUUUUUGGUUCAUUUGUCUUUGGCCAAGUGGAGGAUUCAGGUCCAUACAGUACAUUCCUCAAGGGUAGAAAGACCAACAAACAGAGCUCCACAUUAUGGAUAAUGUUGCUCCAUAAACGGAUAGAAAAUAAAAAGGACCACCUGUACCAUCAAGCUGUCCUGUAAACACACAAAACUUAAAUGUUUACUCACCAACACACUGUGAGACCUUGAAUGUUAGUAAAGGUUUGGAGCAUUUUCCUUUAGGAUGGUCUCUGCAGAAUUCAAAUAUAAUAUUCAGAAUUCUGUUUUCAUUAGUGUAUAAUCACAUGAAAAUGAUAAUUAUAUACUUGUUACCUUUAAAUUAAUGGUUUAUAGCUACAGAUGGAGGGGGUUGAUAUUUCUACCAUAUUUUUUCAGUAGCUCACAAAGGACUCCCUCUUUUAUUUCUGUUUCAUUCCAGUGUUAAGGUGCUUUUCUGAUACCUACUAUGUCAGAGUGUGGACCAGAGAUAUUAUCCUCUGAACCUGAACAGAAAGACAAACAGUUUUUCUAAUUAAGGACUCAUUGUUCUUCUGUCAGUACACCCACUGUAUCAGCUAAAUACUCCAACCCACUGGUAUCAUGUGGAGCAUGCAUGUAUAGCAAAUAUAGUACAAGCUAUUCCACAAGGUACUGAUUAUGUAAUAAACUAUCAAUGCUCAAUGUUUACAACUUGUUUCUCCAAGUGGCCAAAAAUCAUUUUCAGAUUUAUAGACUAUCAUUCCAAAGCUGUAACCAAGACACAUGGCAUAUCCUUAAAAAUAGUGCUUCCUGUUCAUUAGUGGUGCAUUUAAUGGGUGUCAACCACUCAUUAAGUCAUUAAGUGUCAGGUAUGAUGUCAUGUAAACCCCAAGCCUCCAAACAGUGUAUGUAUAUAUAGAAGAUAUUGAUUUACAGCAGCCUCAUUAUCAACAUUGUGCAGUUUUGGGACAGUUUUUGAUCACUGCUUUAGAAUACAUCAGUUUUUUUUUACUUGCCCUCACUUUGGGUUUAUUUCUGGUACAUGUUUCAAGGCAUUCAUCAGGAUGUGUUUUUGACAUUGAGUUAUCAACGACUGCCUAAAUGCACUUUUCUAUACUGUAAAUCAUUCUGAUGCUUUCGUCACUUCUGCCUAUGACCAUCUGAUGAGGGUUUGGAGGCUUUAAAUUCUUCCAGCUUGUUUUUUUUUUCUUUUUUUUGAGGUUUAAUGUUAAAACUAGCUUUAGCUGAUAAAUUGGCAGAGUUUAAUCUGUAGCUGCUCGAAAAUGUAUUCACAUCAUGAAGUUAUUUACUACACAGCCAUUUGCUUUUAAAAUACUCAAAUUGUGACUGUUUUGGGGUGGAUUUUUUCUUAAAGAUCAAAAUUAUGAGCUCUUAAACACCAAAUGAAGGAGAAAGGGAGGUGAUGGAUCCUCUCCUUUCCUUUGGUAAUGUAUACUGUAAUACCAAGUAGCUUAAAGCAAUAGCACAAGAGACAUCAGGGUUCAAGUAUAUGCAACAGGUUUUCUCUGCUUCUUUUCUGCUCUUCCAGUUUUUCUGAUCAUUAUGAAUGGAUUCAAUUAAAUAUAAACAGUACUUAUAAAUAUAUAAAAUACAAUUGCAUUUCCAAAUCAAGACUUGCUAAAAGGAUUUUUUUGUUUUUUUUUUAUUAAAAACUAAUUUAAAUGCUGAAUUACACUGAGUGCCAAUUCUUGCACCAAGCCUGGCUGAAUUACACUUGUUUAAGCCAUAUACACAUACACACACACCAACAGGCCAGCUGGGUGAAUAAGACCAUUCCACAUGGCUUUACACUGAAGCUACAGAACAAAGUAGGUCUUUGUGUGAAUCUGUGAAUGUUUCUAUAUCAUAUUGAUGUGUCUGCCAUCUAGAUUUUGCACAAAUAAUCCUGCCACUUGCAUAUCUGAGCUGGGCUUGUGUGUCUACAAUGAAGUUUGGCUGCACUGUUUGUUCUAUCAGAAUAUUGGAUUAUAAUCAUGGAUGAUAAAUAAAAUUGGCUGCCAGAUCAAUGGUAAUCAGUAA